AUGUCUCUCAACCGCGUAGCUUCAUUGGAGUCCUUUUCCUUCGUACCGGCUGAAUCGAGCUCCCGGCUGCACUCUCGACGCUCCUCCGACGCCUCCAUCUCCGUCCGCUCCCGCAAGCUGAGCUUCAACCCGCUGCCCGACGAGUGGGAUCCCAUUAACGAGCGUGCCGACAACAUCCAGGCCGUCGGUGCCUUUGAGGUGCCCAAGUGGAAACGCGUUGUCCAGGUCUUUGCUACUGUGGUCUACUGCUUACUUGCCUCGGGCAUCGUCUUUGGCUAUGCCGCCAUCAAGCCCGUGUUAAAAAAAGAAGGCGCCUACCGGGAUGUCUGCGUUGCCUCAGCUGGGGCCUCCUCCUUGGCGACCGCCGCCGACGCCGAUGCCGACAUUGAUACUUGCGUCGAGAUCCACCUCAACUUUAUGUUCACUACCGCCGCUGUUGGCACCAAUGUCGCCGCCCUGCCCAUUGGUGCAAUCCUCGACCACUACGGCCCCCGUGUCUGCGGUUUGAUGGGCGCCGGCUUUUUGGGCGCCGGAGCUUUGCUGCUUGCCUAUGCCGCCGAUGUGCCCUUUGAUGGCUUCUUGUUGGGCUAUUUGCUGCUGGCCGUCGGUGGCCCCUUCACCUACAUUUCGAGUUUCCAGCUGUCCAACGCCUUCCCGCGCCACUCGGGCCUCAUCUUGGCCCUGCUAACUGGCGCUUUUGACGCCUCGAGUGCGCUGUUCUUGGUAUACCGCAUCCUCUUCGAAAAAGCCGACGGUGCCUUUGGCCACCAAAAGUUUUUCCUGCUCUACCUCGUCGUGCCUGUUGUCAUUGUCGUGCUGCAGCUCACGCUGAUGCCGCGCCAGUCCUACAAGACCGUGGGCGAGCUCAUUGAGCAGAUCGACGCGCCGCUCUUGAGCGACCUCGAGGGGCCGCAUUUGACGGGCCACACCACCAACCAGGCCAGCCAGCAGUACCGCGACGACCAAGUCGACGAGAAUACCGCGCUCCUCCAAGAAGAGGCGCGCGCCCAUCGCGAGGCCGUCGUCGCCGACAUUGAAGAGCUGCUGGGCUCGGAGCGUGCCGACAAGCAGGCCAGCCGGGAGGUGACCAAGAACGAGAUUUCGGGCGUCUGGGGCGCCAUGCACGGCAACAGUGCGCUCGAGCAGAUCCGCUCGCCCUGGUUUAUUCUCAUCUGCCUGUUCACCGUCGUGCAAAUGACGCGCAUCAACUACUUUGUCGCCACCAUCCGCCCGCAGUACGAGGCCCUGCUCGGCUCACACGAGGCCGCCGUCGCCAUCAAUAACUUUUUCGACCUGGCCCUGCCGCUGGGUGGCCUCAUAUCGAUUCCUUUCAUUGGUAUCUUCCUCGACCACAACAGCACCGUCGCAGUUCUGACUGUGCUCGCCGUCGUUGCCACGACCAUUGGCGUCUUUGGUAUCAUCCCAAGGACAUGGGCCGCCUACGCCAACGUCAGUCUUUUUGUGUUGUACCGCCCCUUUUAUUACACAUCCGUCUCCGACUACAGCGCCAAAGUAUUUGGCUUCCGUACCUUUGGCACUGUCUACGGCACCAUCAUCUGCCUGUCGGGUCUCUUCAACUUCUCCCAAUCGGGGCUCGACUACCUUUUCCAUAAGGUCUUCGACGGCAAUCCCGUUCCCGUCAACAUAAUCCUGCUGGUCCUGGGUCUGAUUAUUGGUACUUUCCUCGUCGCCUUCGUAGGCGUCCAGUCACGGGGCAUUAAGCGCAAGCUGCUUGAGCAAGAGGCGGAGAAUGCCUUUUUGAGCGAGUAG